AGUCAUCGCCGGUGUGCCCGAGAUGUCAGUAUUUCAAAGGGGGUGGUGCGAGGGCUUGUCAAUCCAGUUCCGCCUGCCUCUGCCCCUGUAUAUAUCGGAACCCUCGCACUGCUUCUCGAGCCACAGUCGGUGGGAACUCGGAAGAUCCAGCUCGGGGUUCGGGCAAGACAGAAAACCUUGAGUUCGUCGGAGCUGAUCACCCCCUGCCACAGGUUAUUCCAGAGAAGGAAGUGACCACAGUGCCCGAGCGGUGACCGAACCAUGUCUCAACCUGCCGGAAGUGCCCUGGAGCUGUCCAAGUCCGCUGUCGAGGCCGUACAGGCAGCGAUGGCGUUCAUUGAAUCAGCAGAGAAGUUUGCCUCCGCACUCGGGGUGUUGGGCCCCAUCAUUGGGGUGGCCGCAGCCGUUGUUAAACUCGCCCUGGGCAAUGUUGACAGCCCGGAGCUGGCCUUCAUGAAGAAGCAGUUCCAGGCCGUCAGGAACCAGCUGGAUGUCAUCUCGGGGCAGAUUUCGGAAGUCCUUCGGGAGAUCGACAGAAGCACGACGGACAACCAGUACUUCCCCAUUGAGGAAAACAUCAAGAACCAGUUCAGAAAGUACAUCGACAUCCUUGACGCAGCGCCGGAGUUCCGACAGAAGGAGAAGGAAGAGUUCCUCAAACACUUCAACGCGACCAAGGGAGACCAGAACCUCCACACUCUCUAUGACGGGGUGAUGGGGAACACCGGCGCCUUUGGCAAAUCCAUCCUGGACACCGCCAUGAACUGUGACCAGAGGAACCGGCGCCUGAUGGAGGGGAUCUGCGCCCGACUGAAGAACCUCUUCUGUAUCGGUCUGAUCGCCGUCCUGGGACACGCUGGCAUCACCGGGAACGAUGUAAAGGCGCUGGAGACGGAAUGGAACCAGAAACUGGUCGAAGUCGAGGGCAAAAUGAAAUCCAUGGUCGAUCGGUGCAUCAAUGAGUUUGCGGAGCAGGCGAAGAUAGAUGUGAAGAAAUUGAUAGAGCAGAAGGGCGGGAGAGAUAACAGGGAAUGUUCGUCAAACGUACUGGAAAACUUGAUAAACAAAUAUGACUGGGUCCGUUGGUCGGUGCGGGUCUAUGAUCCCGUCGGCGGGUUUGACAAUCACUGCGUUGGUGGCUUUAACGUCUUUCUCUUCUUCAGGCUCAAUAAUGUUAAUAUUGUUGUCUCCUACACCACCGACCCAAAGCCAGUUGACAUCACCAGUAUCAAGCAGUCAAUGCAGGGGAAAGAACACUGGAAUGAUGCAAGAGAGGUGCUGAAGCACGCCGGCAGCAACCUGACCGGUAGGAAUGUUGUCCACACAGUGAGACGGUACAAAGGUCUGUCGUGCCAUAACAACUUCCCCGAUGGAUGUCAUUACUUAGAGGACUACAGUGGAGUCACCGUGUGCGUCCACCCAGUAUAAACCCCCACUGUCCCGGGACACUCAGUAUAAACCCCACUCUCCCGAAUAUUCCAUAUAAUUCCCACUGUCUCGCAACACAGUAUAAUCCCCAACGUCUCGGGACACACCAUAUAAUUCCCCACCGUCCCGGGACACUCUGUAUAAUCCCCCUCCUCCCCGACUGCCGGAGGCAGGACACCCCUUACUCUGGUCCCGGAGACGCUUCCUUUCUGCGCUGCCGCCAACGCUGUGAAACCCCGGAUUAGUCGGCCUGAAGCUGCCGCCUCUCCCCGCCCACCCUGGACCGAAUGUACCCCCCGUGUCACUCUAUAAGGCUCGGGCUGUGCAGUCCUCAGCUCCCCCACCCCAUCCUCUCUGUGCCCUCAGCAGCAGACCCACCCCGCCUGGGUCCGGGGGUCUCCGCUCACGGUGAGGCGAACGCUCCCACCUUCACUGUCAGUGAGGAGGGGAGAGCGAAUCCAGCUCCCAAAUCCGGCCCGAGGCCAGGGCUCCCCCGGAAACCCCCACACCUCUCCCCUACAGGUCAGAGCACAGUCCAAGCCCACGGCGACGGGGGUGAUGAAGGCGGGCUGGCCCGUGUCUGCCACAGCCGGCUACUGACAGACAGAUCAAGGUCCUGUCCACAGCUUCUCUCCCCAGAUAUUCACCCUGUUCCCACCAACGCAUCUUCAAACCCCCACGUCCCGAGGGGGUGCCGGGUUUAACGCUGUGGUGCGGGAGGAGGGAGGAACACUCCGCAGACCCACACUGGAGAAGCGGGGACAGGCUGUAAGUCUGUCAGGCCGGGGACCACCUUCCCCACCAAAGGGGGAUUCGCUUGUAGUUUGUUUCUGCCGGAAUCUGAUCUCUGCCACUUGCUCAGUCUGUAGCCACGGAACAGCCACAGUCGGAUAUCCUGCAAGCUUUGCGAGUAAUUGGUGUGGUUGUUGGGUCUUGCUUAAAAUGAUUGAUUGGAAUUCCUAAAGUAAAGCUGGUUGAUGCUGAAUAAACGCAGAUAAAAGGCUCAA